AAUGUAUGCUACCAUUCAUUCCAAGGAGUCUCCAGGCCUUAUCGGUGUCAAAUGGAAGACCGCAUAUUUCCAACCACUAAUUCUAUACAAACGGCGCAGCCAGGUAGUACGUAUUAUUCUGCUCAUCUACUACGUAAACGUCUUAUUAGCCAGCCCACUUCUAAUAUUCUAUCAACUGAAGAUUAUAGGAUAUCCCCCAAACAUCGGCCACAAACCACAUUUAGCAAGCCAAAUAAGCCAACAUAGCCCAUUAAUACGUCUUAUGUGUCUAGUGGGGAGCGUGCGCCGAUUUCUGCACAAAACUCGUUAUGGUCUGAUGAAUACCCGAAACAGAUACAAACACUUAAUUCUUAUACUGGCAACAAAUCACCGAACACCCAUAUCGGUUAUAUAUUCGGGCAGGAUUUUCACCAGCGUCAGUUGACAGAAACACCUGGAAUCAUGCAUAUAGCACGCAUGAUAGCGGAUCAAUUCCUCACUGGUAUAGAGAACAACCUACAGAUAGGGCAAGGCAUAUUUCCCGGAAGAUAGCUGACACAGUGUCGACACAAAAAGUGGAUACUAAUAUCUCUAAAAUAUUAAUAUCUGAUUAUCACACAGGUAUCUUUCACUGCAUACCAUAUCCAAACGAAAGACCAUCCCUGACUACCACCACCUCAAAAAUCUACCUGAAGUCUUCCUACGAUCCAAAGAUAUUGGUGAGUCUGAUAACAUGUAUAUAGAGGAUAGUCACGGAUUAUUUUACCAAGAUGCUGUCCGCUCACUGAAACUACAUAGCCAGUGUUUAUCUAUUAUCCUAGUAAAUACAAGAUUAGUUCUAAACAAACACUUAACACUAAGUACAUUAGCUUCUACAUGCAGACCACCAUUGAUUAGGAUCACUGAAGCCUGGUGCACAAGUGAAAUCUCAGAUGACAGUCUAAGGAUUGAGAAAUACAACCUUUUCCGAGGGGACAGACGGACAGGUCGUGGGGGUGGAACACUAAUUUACUGUGAACAAUCCAUCCAUGCAACCCAGUUCAGUAACCCGAUUCUGUCACAACUCAAUGACUCGAUCUGGGUCAAAAUAAAAGUUGUCAGAAGUAAGCCUAUACUUGUAGGUUGUGUGUACCAACCCUGGGACUUUUAUCAGCACCUAAUUAGAUGUUCUAAUUGGGACUUGUACCUUCCGAACGAGUCCUUAGAGGCAAUUCUUAACAACUUUUAUCAGAAUAUUAACUCAGUUCAUGACGUCAUUGCACCUAGGAGGAUUCUUAGCUUCAGAUUCCCCCCAAAGCGAUUAUAUUCCGACAUCGUUGAAGAGGAGUCUACCAAAGCACUCAAUAAAAUACUACAGAUAUCAUGUUUUAUCGUCAUUAAUUGCCAUUACGUCCCUUCUCAAUAGAAUUGAAGAGUUGAGAAAUAUAGGCCUCAGAGACAAAGAAAUGCAGGCCAUUCAUGCACCGCAUAAAUCAGGAGAAAUAGCCAAACUUUUCAAAAGUAGGUUGGCGAACUCCAAAACACCCUAUCCGAAAAUAAUAUACUUAGACGGCAUUGCU